AUGUCGCGGAAGACCAUCCUUCUGAUGGGAGCUCCAUCUGGGAGACUACAAUGGGAUGACAAGGACCUCCUCAAGGUCGCUGUACCGCCAUUCACACAGUGGUCGUCACCCACAAGCACUUCAUCUAGACCGGACUCGACCAAAUGGAGGGUUUUGCAAAGCGCAAAUACAGCCAAACGUCACCGUCCGGAGUGGACGCAGGAUACUAUUUUUCUCGAUACUGCCAAUCUGCCUACUAAGAUGCCCAGAAUUUCCGAUGAUAUACUUCUCUCGCAGUUCUAUGAACAUUCAUUAUCAAUUCUAGGGCCCAGUUUCUCCUCUGAGUCAGAUAUAAAUGACACCAUAUUGCCUUUUGAUGAAGACGAUAGUGAUGUCGACGAGAGUAUAAGCUCCGUCGUGCCAGGCAGCGCUGAAGCAGUUCCUUUCCCUUAUCCGCGUGAACUGCACGAUAUAAAGGAUAUCCCCAAUGCUUCAUAUCUUCGAUCAAUCAUUCCACAAACUCCGAGUGUUACUCUUGUUGUGGCUGUCAUGGGUAUUAAUCCCUUACGACGAGUCACAGCGCGACAAUCAAAACAAGAGCUAGAUAUCUUGGAGCUUAUUGUCGGAGACGAGACCAGGACUGGAUUUGGGGUUACUUUUUGGCUUCCUGUACCGGAAAACCAGAAACAGGGAAAUAAUUCGGCUGCCGAGUUUAGAGAGAAAAUCCUAGGUAUUCGUUUGCGCGAUAUCAUUCUCAUGAGGAACGUGGGACUUGGAUCCUUUCAGGACCUAGUAUAUGGUCAAAGUCUUUGGAGAGGCAUGACCAAAGUAGAACUCUUGCAUCGACAACAAGUUGACUCGCAGGACGUUCAAGGUGCAUAUUCUACUGUUGCGAUUGGCACAACCACCCGUGAAGACAAACUACUUUGUAAAGUACGCAAUGUGCGAGACUGGUUGUUGAAUUUUGUUGGGACAAAGGCGCGGCAUGGCAGUCAUAAUGUUGGACAGUCCUUACCACCGGAUACGCAGUAG